CCUACCUUCAAUGCUGGGCGCAGUUUGGCGCAGCGCCACUGCCAGUGGCAGAGGCAAGCCGCAAGGGGUUCUAUUAGUACUUUUGGUGGGGCGCCCGCAUUACUAGCAUUGGCAUUAGGUUCUCCUCAUCAAAUGCAGACCAUCCUAGUAUUGCUGAGCGCAAUGACUUUCCGAGGGUUUGGUGCUUCACUGAUGCAACUUCCUACCAAAUGAGCUGCUCCAAUUUCCAGCAGACAGUGCAUUUGAUAUGAUGCCGCAAGCUGUAUGGGUUGGGUACCAUCUUUGUGUUAGUGAAUUGCCGUAGCUCCACAAUGUCGGUCCCAAGAAUUGGCACCCAGGGUGUCCUGCAGAGUAUUUGGAAAUUGCACGGCCGGCGGUUUCACAGAAGCACUUCUCAGGCGCAUCCUGCCAAAGGUGGUGCAAGCAGCACGCAUGGGGUGCCUGGUGAAGCACAAGCAGGGCCACAGCCCCCCCAGGACAUCAGGCACAUCUCACAGACGCUGAAGCUGGUGACGCUGAUUCGUGCGUUCCGUAGCAGGGGGCACUUUGCAGCGACGCUUGACCCCCUGGGCCGCACUCUUGGCCCGCUGACGGAGGGCGAUGGCGAUGCCAACAUUGGCAAGCCAGUCAACGCUGAGGAUCUGCACCGGCUGAUGAAGAACUACCCCCGGCUGGACCUCUCCGCAGUGGGACUGAAAGGAGUGGACCUUCGCACGAGAUACUUUCUGGGUGAUCAGCUCAGGAUCGCCAAGGCCGCGCAGCUCUUCUGGACGGUCCCAGAGAUCGUGGCGCUUAUGAGGGCCAGUUACUGUGGGACGUUGACGGUCGAGUACGAGCACGUGAACACCAAGGAACAGAAGGAGUGGGUGCGAUCCAUGGUCGAGCGGCCCGUUAACCGGUCUUUCUUCAGCCCCUCCGAGAAGCGCCUCAUCCUGCGCCGCCUACUCUACACAGAUCAGCUGGAGCGCUUUUUCGCCACGAAGUUCCCCAGCGCCAAGCGGUUUGGCAUUGAAGGAUGCGAGAGCCUGAUGGCGGGGCUGUUUGCCCUGGCAGAGCGGGCAGCCCAGUCGGGGGUUGAAAACAUCGAGCUGGGAAUGGCGCACAGGGGCCGGCUGAACGUGCUGCACCACUUUCUGCGCAAGCCGCUGGGCGCCAUGAUCUCCGAGUUCAUGGGCGGCCGCGCAAAGUAUCUGCAGGUGGGGGACGUCAAGUACCACCUCGGCACGCGCGGGGAGCUCGAGUUUGGGGGAAAGAAGAUUGCGGUGUCGCUGUCGCCCAACCCGAGCCACCUGGAGGCGGUGGACGCGGUGGUGGUGGGCAAGACCAAGGCCAAGCAGUUCUUCAAAAACGACGUCAAGCAAGAAAAGGUCCUGGGCCUCCUUCUCCACGGUGAUGCGGCGUUCUGCGGCUUGGGCCUGCCGGUCGAAGUGAUGCAGCUGUCGGACCUGCCCGAGUACACGACGGGCGGCACCAUCCAUGUGAUCCUCAACAACCAGAUCGGCUUCACCACCGACCCCAAGCUCGCGCGCUCCUCGCCGCACCCCAGCGACGUCGCCAAGGGUGUGGGUGCGCCCAUCUUCCACGUCAACGGGGACGAUCCGGAGGCCGUGGUGCGCGUGUGCCAGCUGGCAGUCGACUGGCGCCAGCGCUUCAAGCGAGACGUGGUGGUGGACCUCGUCUGCUACCGCCGGCACGGCCACAAUGAGCAGGACGACCCCCGCGUGACGCAGCCCCUGACGUCCAAGAUCAUUGCUAGCCACCCCAGUACGUACCAGCUGUACCUGCAGCGCGCACUUGCCGAGAAGUGGGUCACGCAGGAGGUGGUGGAUGCCUGGACGGCCGAGUUCACAAGCGCAUUCGAGUCCGAGUACGCCGCGGCGGCCGCGUACAUCCCUGCGCCCCAGGAGUGGCUGGCCAGCAACUGGCAGGGCGACGCGCUGGGGGGGGCUGGCGAGUCCCGCAGCGUCGUGCCCACCGGGCUGCCCCUCGAGACGCUCAAGCAAGUGGGGCUUGCCAUCAGCGAACCACCUCCCGACUUCGACCUUCACCCCGACGUGGCCCGGCUGCUGGCUGCCCGUCGGCGCAUGGUGGAGAGCGAGCGCGGCGUGGACUGGGCGACGGCGGAGGCGCUGGCGUUCGGGUCGCUGCUGGUGCACCCCAACGCGGCGCUGGGCCAGACGGCGGCCACCAACCCGGCGCACCACGUGCGCCUCAGCGGGCAGGACUGCGAGCGGGGCACGUUCAACCAGCGGCACGCCGUGCUCUACGACCAAACCACCGCCAAGAGGUACGUACCGCUGAACCACAUCGCCCCGGGGCAGCAGGAGCUGUUCAAGGUGUGCAACUCGAGCCUGUCGGAGGCAGCGGUCCUGGGCUUCGAGUACGGCUUCUCGCUCGAGAACGAGAGCGCGCUCGUGCUCUGGGAGGCGCAGUUCGGCGACUUCUCCAACAACGCGCAGCUGAUCAUCGACACGUUCAUCACGAGCGGCGAGGAGAAGUGGGCCACGCCCACCGGCCUCGUCCUGCUGCUGCCGCACGGCUUCGACGGCCAGGGCCCCGACCACAGUAGCGGGUACCUGGAGCGCUUCCUGCAGCUGGCCAACGACGACCCCGACCACCUCCCGGGGCUCGGGCCCGCGCACCGCGCAGAGAUGGAAGCUGGUUUUGCAGCCGCGGACACAAGCGGGCGGGGGUACGUGACGCAGGCGGACCUGCUGGCGUUCAUGCGGAAGUUCCGGGGCGUGACCAGCGAGAAGGCGGAGGUGCUGAUGCAGGAGCUGGACAUCCCAAAGGCCAACCGACUGCACAAAGACGACUGGAACCUGGUCAUGGCGCAGUGGCUGCGACGAAACGCGGAGAAGGAUCAUAACUUGUGUGUUAUAAACGCCAGCACCCCCUCCCAGAUCUUCCAUGCGCUGCGGCGCCAGGUGAACCGGUAUUUUUCGAAACCGCUCAUAUGCAUGGCUCCGAAGUACCUGCUCCACCACCGGGCCUGCACCUCCAGUCUCGCGGACAUGGCGACAGGGGCCUACUUCAGGCGGCUGAUUGCGGACGGCGACACAGCGGACAACGUGGGCCUGGCCCCCGACUUCAUGCCGAAAGAGAAAGUCAGAAGGGUCAUUCUGUGCAGCGGCAAGGUGUACUACCUUCUGGCGCACGCUCGGCGGGGGCGCGGCGUCAAAGACGUGGCGCUGCUGCGGUUGGAGCAGAUUGCGCCCUUCCCCUUCGAUCGGGUGGCCAAGCGGAUCAGCCAAUAUCCGAACGCCGAGUUGUGUUGGGUUCAAGAGGAGCCAAAGAAUCGUGGUGCAUGGACGUACGUCCAGCCACGAAUAGCGACGGCCUUGCGGGACCUAUUGCCCGAACCCCAAAGCGGGCACCAUUUGGAGCAGUCAAAAAGCAGUGUUGGCCGUGAAGUUCGGUACAUUGGCCGAUCACCCUCCGCCUCGGCAGCAACAGGGGCCUUCGACAUACACACAUUGGAGGUUAAAGAGAUCAUCGAAGAAGCUUUAGCUUAACCAAAAGUUAGAUAGAAAAGCUGUCGUAUGACCUAGCAAGCUCAUCAAAGUUACUCACAUGCUUCUGAGGAAUUGAGUAUUAGCAGAGCAACGAAGACCAUGCGCUAGAGCAUUUGCUGGUAUCACGUAACACAUGUUGAUAGAUCGAAAUUGGACUGUAAAGGGAACCCGAGUUGGUCUUCGAGUUGGUUCUUAUCCUGGGCAAAUCCGCAUGUAGGCGAAGGUAUUUUACGUUCGGCCAACCAGAUCUUCAAUCAUUUGGUUGGUUUUAACAACAAGAGGCCAAUUGACCACAGAAUUGACCGCGAAUUUACCACACUGAAUACGCACAUGGAGCAGUCUAGGGCUUUGCAAUCGUCUGGCCACAAACUAGCUCAUGCUUCUUAUUAUCAGGUUGCC